CCAAGUCCACCAAUUAUGGGCCUUGCAGAUACUGGCCCCAUCAAUGGAUCUUUUGGUUUGAAGACUAUGAUCAAAGAAAAUCAAAAGGCACAGAGUGUAGAGCUCAACACAACAACAAUGGCUACCUCAACCUCAAGGGUGUUGUCUAGGUUAUCAUCAUGUCGAUUACACCUUCUCUCUCAAACAAAGCUCGCCAAGCCAGCAGCUUCUUCACUCUCUCCCUCUACACCGCGGAUUUCUCGCACUUCACGGUUGCCGGUGGAGUUGGCUUGCAUUGGAUUGAUUUCGAUGGUACCACUGCACAGUGCGGUGGCUUCAGCUAGAUUGGUAUCAAGCUUGAGUGUUGAAGCACCAGGGUGGUGUUUAGUUCCUCAAGGUAUUUCCAUGCCUUUAUGACGUUACCCAUCUAUGGCUAGGUGGUGCAAGGUGGCAGGACUGUGAUGACUGGCUAGGGCUCAUUUAGAUUAUUAUUUUUUCCUUUGUUGCAACCUUGAGGUCUCAUCUGAUAUCCGAGGUUCUUACGUUCUACUGAUGUUGAUUACUUCUUGGACUCGUUCAAUAUGUCUUCAUACAUUUCUGAAAAGAAUCUUUUGGCUCUUACAAGCUGUUGAUGAGUUUUUUGUUUUUUGUUAAUAAUGCAUCACAGUGCAUUAAGCUGUAGUAUUUUCCUGAUUAAAACAGUUUUAUGACAUUUAUAAACCACUGUAAAACUAAAUAUGAUUUUAUCGUGUAUGAUCCUGAGCAAGACACUGAACCAGGUGGAUAGAUAAGAAAACAGGCAGUUCCUUCAGAA